CGGAAGAAAAAAAAAUGGCUCUAACAAGAAGCAGCAUCCGCAGCAAGCUCCCUAGGCUCGUUCUCGCAGCUCUAUGGGGCUCCCGAUCGAAUGGGCCGAUGUGGCGGCGCCAGUUCUCCUCCGCCACAGCAGCAGCGAGCGAGGUGGAGGCGGUCAAUUCGAGGCGCGUGGGUUUGGAGUUGUUCGGAGGAGUUAAGGAGUACGAGGAUUACAGGAGGUCUCUCUAUGGAGAAAUCACGCACAAGGCCCUUCUUGUCGAUGCUGCUGGUACUCUCCUCGUUCCUUCCCAACCUAUGGCCCAGAUUUAUAAACAAAUUGGUGAGAAGUAUGGAGUUGAUUACUCCGAGGAUGAGAUAUUGAACAGAUACAGAUGGGCAUAUGGGCAACCUUGGGGCCGAUCACGACUAAGAUAUGUGAAUGAUGGGAGACCAUUCUGGCAAUUCAUAGUCAGUUCAUCCACAGGCUGUUCAGAUUCUCAGUACUUUGAAGAACUUUAUCACUACUAUACCACCAACAAGGCUUGGCACCUCUGCGAUCCUGAAGCUGAGAAAGUAUUCAAGUCUCUAAGAAAAGCAGGUGUAAAGUUGGCUGUUGUGUCAAAUUUUGAUACUCGCCUGAGAACUGUAUUGCGGGCUUUAAAUUGUGAGCAUUGGUUUGAUGCUGUGGCAGUUUCAGCAGAAGUGGCAGCUGAGAAGCCAAAUCCAACAAUAUUCCUGAAAGCUUGUGAGUUAUUAGGAGUAAACCCUGAGGAUGCUGUACAUGUAGGGGAUGAUCGCAGAAACGAUAUAUGGGGUGCCAGAGAUGCUGGUUGUGAUGCUUGGCUUUGGGGAAGUGAUGUUCACUCUUUCAAGGAGGUUGCUGAACGAAUUGGGGUCAAGGUCUGAGACAACUUACCUCACACAAUAACCACCUAUGUACAGGUCCCUUUAAGCUUUUUGUAAGAGGUUGUGUAUAUUCUUAGGGGUUUUAGUCUCUUAAUAUUCAGGCACGAGGCUAUAACUAGUUCGAUCCUAAGACUCAUAGAUGUAGUAACAUGUAAUGAGAUGAAUACCUUCCCUUUUUCUGUUCCAGACAGUUCAUCUCUCUUUUGAAUUAAUGCUAUUCCUCCUUUCCCCAA